AUGUCGGACCUCGACAGACAAAUAGAGCAGCUGAAGAAAUGCGAGCCAUUGAAGGAAUCGGAAGUGAAAGCUCUUUGCCUCAAAGCUAUGGAAAUCCUCGUCGAAGAGAGCAACGUUCAACGCGUCGAUGCUCCCGUCACUAAGAUAAUUUUGAACAAGAACCUUUGGGUCAGGAUGCUCUUUGGUGCAACUAAUGUAUCCAGUAGGUCGGCAUUCAGUCGUCUUAGGUUGAGUUUAGUUCCAAAUGAUGCCAUAAUUUUGAUAUGUGGAGAUAUCCAUGGACAGUUUUAUGACAUGAAAGAGCUUUUCAAAGUAGGAGGGGAUUGCCCAAAGACCAAUUACUUGUUUCUUGGAGAUUUUGUUGACAGAGGAUUUUACUCUGUUGAGACAUUUCUGCUUCUAUUAGCGCUUAAGGUGAGAUAUCCAGAUCGGAUAACACUCAUUAGGGGGAAUCAUGAGAGCCGUCAGAUAACACAGGUAUAUGGAUUUUAUGAUGAGUGUUUACGUAAAUAUGGAUCAGUGAAUGUUUGGAGAUAUUGCACCGAUAUAUUUGAUUAUUUGAGUCUGUCAGCACUCAUUGAGAAUAAGGUUUUUAGCGUCCAUGGUGGUCUCUCUCCUGCUAUAUCAACAUUGGAUCAGAUCCGAACAAUUGAUAGGAAGCAAGAAGUACCUCAUGAUGGUGCCAUGUGUGAUCUUCUGUGGUCAGAUCCUGAAGAUAUUGUUGAUGGUUGGGGGUUGAGUCCACGUGGUGCUGGUUUUCUAUUUGGUGGCAGUGUGGUCACUUCUUUCAACCACUCAAACAAUAUUGAUUACAUAUGUCGUGCUCAUCAGUUGGUGAUGGAAGGGUAUAAGUGGAUGUUCAGGAACCAAAUAGUCACUGUCUGGUCAGCUCCAAACUACUGUUACAGAUGUGGUAAUGUUGCUGCAAUACUUGAGCUGGAUGAGAACCUUAACAAGCAGUUUCGUGUGUUUGAUGCUGCUCCACCGGAAUCUAGAGGUGCACCUGCCAAAAAGCCAGCCCCUGAUUACUUCUUAUGA